GAAAAUCCCGGCGUUCUUAGAGGAGGAGUAGAACAUGAAGGCGGCAGCGGCCAUGUUGGUUUAGGUUCUGAACCAGUGAACGUAGACGGGAAUUAUUGGGGAAGGAGAACCCGGGGUUCCCGCAAUCUGCAUCCAUCCGGGAGACACCAUGAGUGGGGGUACUCCAUACAUCGGUAGCAAGAUCAGCCUGAUCUCCAAGGCUGAAAUCCGCUAUGAAGGCAUUUUGUAUACAAUCGAUACCGAAAACUCUACAGUAGCUCUCGCCAAAGUUCGAUCAUUUGGGACAGAGGACCGGCCAACUGACCGACCUAUACCUCCCCGGGAUGAAGUAUUUGAAUAUAUUAUUUUCAGAGGAAGUGAUAUUAAAGACCUUACAGUCUGUGAGCCACCCAAACCUCAGUGUUCCUUGCCUCAGGAUCCUGCUAUUGUCCAGUCUUCAUUAGGGUCCUCCUCUGCUUCCUCGUUCCAGUCUGUGAGCUCUUAUGGACCGUUUGGCAGAAUGCCUACAUAUAGUCAGUUCAGCACAAGUCCUCUGGUGGGGCAGCAGUUUGGUGCCGUUGCAGGUAGCUCUCUGACAUCUUUUGGAGCAGAAACAACAAGCAGCACAUCUCUGCCACCGAGUAGCACUGUUGGGUCUUCUUUCACACAGGAGGCAAGGACUUUAAAAACACAGUUAUCCCAAGGCCGAUCAACUUCCCCAUUAGAUUCCUUAAGAAAGAGCCCAACCAUUGAACAAGCUGUGCAGACUGCAUCAGCCUCUCACGCCCCAUCUGCAGCUCCUGUAGGCAGAAGAAGCCCAGUACUUUCCAGACCCCUGCCGUCCUCAAGUCAAAAGACAGGCGAGAGUUCCGAACAAAGGAAAGGUGAACUACACAAAACGCAGAGACCAGACACCGAGCAGCUCAGAAAUGAUAACAGACAUGACCCGAACAAAAGACAGCCAGCUUCAAGUGCUCCUCAGCCUAGAAGAGGUAGAGGUGGAAAUCGAGGUGGUCGUGGUAGAUUUGGUGUCAGAAGAGAUGGACCUAUGAAAUUUGAAAAAGACUUUGACUUUGAAAGUGCUAAUGCUCAGUUCAACAAAGAGGAAAUUGACAGAGAAUUUCAUAACAAACUGAAAUUAAAAGAUGAUAAACCUGAGAAGCCAGUAAAUGGAGAAGAUAAGACUGAUUCUGGAGUUGAUACACAGAACAGUGAAGGCAAUGCAGAGGAGGAUGAUGUCUUGGCUGGUGGAGUUUGCUACUAUGAUAAAACCAAAUCUUUCUUUGAUAAUAUCUCCUGUGAUGACAAUAGAGACAGAAGACAGACAUGGUCAGAAGAAAGAAGAAUUAACGCUGAAACAUUCGGCCUUCCUCUCCGUUCAAACAGAGGCCGUGGUGGUUUCAGAGGCAGAGGUGGUGGUAUGGGCUUCCGUGGAGGGAGAGGCCGUGGUGAGAGGAGAGGCCCACCAGGAGGUGGUGGCUUUGGAUCUUCUCGGGGUUACCGCGGUGGUUCCAGAGGAGGCCGAGGUGGUAGAGAAUUUGCAGAAUAUGAGUACAGGAAAGACAACAAAGUGGCAGCCUAGUGAAGGAUGAAAGAGCGUCAAAGUGGAUUUUAUAAUCAUUUGCGGUCCAUAGAACUUGUUUUCAGUCUUUUGUGAAGAAUGAAAUUUAUCUUGCUGUACAUUUUGUCACCAGCACUGGGGGAUUUACUCUGAGGACUCCUUAAGUGUUUCAGGGUCCUUCUGUUCAUUGGGUACUUCUGCACAAUGGAUCCCUGUAACACUAAAGGAUGCAGAAUGGGCGUUGCUCAAUUUAUUCUGUAUCUAUUUUUUUUUUCUUUUUCAUUUUUGAAAAAAAGACCAUCUUUAAAAAAAAAAAAAAAAAAAAAAAAAAAUGAGCAUUAACUAUAUUUGAGAUAGAAGUAAUUUUCUGAAUUAGAAGACUGACAAGUCAUUUUUGGUAUAUAUAGCUGAACAAAAUGCAAAAAAAAAAAGCAGUACUUUGCAACAUUUUUUUUUUUCCAGCUAUAUACAUUUGCUGCAGGAUAUAUACAGAAAGCCAUCAGUACUGUGAGAUAUGAUCUAAAAAUGGCUAGGCUGCACACAGCUGCCCAAGGAGCAACCAAAUGUUGCAAAGUUUUGAUAUUUUUGAAAAGUAGCAACAGGUGUUGGAUGAGGAUGGUAACAUGAGCAGCAUUGUAGCUACAUAGUUUCUUGGGUAAAGAACAUUUUUUUUGUAGUUGUAAAAUUACAUUAUAUUUCCACUGCCAAAGAAACAUGGAGAGUUUUUUGUACGGCUGUAAAAAUAAAUCUUUGUAGCAGGCCUAAUGGGUUCAGCAAAGUGAUACACUCAGACUCCUGAUUUUAUUACCCCAUUUGCUUCACAUAUUUAAUGAACAAAGUAUUAAAUUUCGUUCAAGGGAAAAUAUAUCCCCCCCCCCCCCACCCUUUUUGAUGUGAGCUCAUGCAGUUAGGCUUCUAUAAAAAAAAAAAACAAAGCUGCAUAGACACUGUCUACUGUACCAAAAAUAAAUAUUUUCUUUUUCUACACAUAACUAAUUCUUUGAUUGAAAGUCAUGAUAUCCUGACUCUCGCAGGGAUGCUUUCCUUUAAGCCUUUUUGGAUACCAGUGAUGCACCUUGUUCCAUGGCACUUUAAGUCCCUUUGCUUUCAGUGGUGGACAAUGGAGAGUGGAGAAAUGGCCCCUAUAAUUCAGAGGCAGUCUAUAAUGGUUCCUCUCAGUCUGAGGAAUCCUGUAUAUCUGUAAAAAAAAUAAAAUAUUUAUUUUUGGUUCUUCAGAUAGCAUUAUGAAACUUUUUUUCCCCAGCAGAUUGUGCAUAUUUAAAAAUGAAAAAGGGGGGAUUCCCUUUAAAACUGACUUUAUUCUAAACAGAAAUUUACAUAGCACACAGUUUGUUUUGAUCCUGGUGAUCCUUGAGACAGAUCUAGUUAUGUUACGGUCUCAGAUUCAAGUAGUGCUUUUCUUCCUCCCUACCAUUCCUGAAACAAGUUUUGUCUGUGACUGUGACCUGACAUUUUGAAAGAUGCAGCUAUAUUACAUUAUUGUAUUGGUAAAUAUUGUAUUAAAGUUGCCUAUAUUUGGAUAGUAUAGCCUACAAAAAGUUUGUCUAGUUAGCCUUAUAAAAUAGCCAAUUGUUAAACUGCUUUAAUGCCACCUGCAAUUGUAGGAACAAUUUUACGUGGGCAUCUGCUUUAGAAAGGGGUUAAAUUAUUCUAGAAAACAAAACCAGGGGCAUUUGUGUAUUAAUUUACUAAAAAAAGGGAUCCAAAGAUGUUUUAAUUUCACUGAGGUUAACUUGUUUCUUCUGUGCGAAGUUGUGAACAUGUUUAAUGCACUGUUUGUUAGAUGACUUAAAGUAGCAUUAACUAUUCGGAUUCUAUUCUGAAUGAGGUUUUCACAAAAUCUGUGUUAGACCUUCUUCCCGUGGACUUGUAGCAAUGCAUUGCCUUCUGCCAUGUAUUUCUGCUCUUUGGUUUUCAGUCCAGCAAGCACCAUAGCUGCAGGAUUAGUGAGCAUGCUCUGGUGCACUGGGGUUUCUUAUACAUUUUAUCUUUACCCCACUGUUAACUUGAUGACUAGGGGCUUCCUGACAGCACUUCCAUGUUCACUAGGUGAAGCACAUGUGUAGCUUUUUGUAUCUGCAAGUGAAAAUGGCACAGAGUAACAAAGUAGCUGGAGAUGUUCAUGCAUAUUGCAAAUUAUAGAAAUGCAGGCUUCAGUAAUGCAAAAUUAUCUAUGACUGGAGCUUUGAUCCAAAGCAUUUAAAGUGUAAUUGAUGGGUAGGUUUAGGGAGAGGAUCUCAGCCCCAGGUGUGGGUUUUGGUGGAGGGACAAGAAUAUUAAAACAGCACCCCUUCCCACUGGCCCAUUCCACUGUAUUGGUGACCAUGCUGACAUCACAUGUGUGACAUUAGAGGUAGUCAGGCCAGGUUUGAGUGCCAAGUAGAGGAAGACAUUGUUGACAUGUAGGCAUGUGUUAUGUAUGUAUGACAUCUUAAAAGAGCACUCUUGUAUGAUGGUGCUUUGAUGCAAGUAACAAAAGUAUCAUAACACAAAAGCACUUCUGCAGGAACCCAGGCCCAGGGAAGGGACAUUUUGUGAUCUACUCUGGCCUACACACUUUUCACUUUUAAGACCUAAUGAGUGCUUUUGUGUAUAUGUAUGUGUGUAUAUCACACAUAUAUGUAUACAUAUAUUUCUUUAAAUGCAUUUAUAUAUGUAUUCCUUAAAGGUUUUCUGGUGGAAAUUCAUCUGUUUUAUUGUCUGGGAAGAGGCAAACUAUAUGAUAUCUCCCACCAAGUAUAAAUACAAUAUGCAAAAAAAACCUCUCUUUGACCAGUCAUUGAUCCAUGUAUCGUUUCAUAUAUCACUUUAGGAGAUAGUUCAUCAGAUUGUUCUGUAAUCCACAUCCAAAAUAAAAAGGGGUUUGCUAAUGCUUCCAUUUCAUGCAUUGAGGGCACUGGCCUACCUGUAAUGUCUCAUACUCAAUACUGUUAGUCACACAUACACACUGUAGCACAGGAUUGGCUUCACUUUCACUGUAUGAACCAGCCUUUUCCAGUAUACCAUCUCUUUGGACAAGAGAAGGAAAAUGUCAAUGUAUUUGUACCUCAAACAUGACCUUUUGUAGGCUCAGUGAUAUGAUAAUACAGAAUGCAACUAAGCACAGUCAUAAGUGAUGACAGCCUUAUGGCAGGAAAAAAACAGGUUAAUAGCUCUUUUGAUAACCAACUCUUACGCUGGAGGUAAUUCCAUUGGGACAAUUCUCAGGCAAGCAAUAUUUCAACAAAGUUUCCUGGUUGUUGUAAUAUGAAUUCACUGUGGUAGCCUUUGUUUGUAUUCAUCUUUUCCCAAAAUGAUUGAAUUGGAGAUGGAAUGGUUGUGUCAUAGGGCAAGGCUUCCUACAGAAGCUAUCACUUUUUUCUGAUGCAGUCCAUCUAGUGGGAAAAUUCUCUCCUGUUUUCGAAGUGAAAGCCUUGGACUGUUAACAGCAGCUGAUUAUCGGCACAAUAAGAUUGGGGGGCUGCAAUAAAGGCUAUGCUUGUUUUUGCUUUAUAAACAUUUUCAGAAUGUUUUUUGUGCACACAGUAACCUCCAAUUUCACUGGUAAUACAGAGCAUUCCUUUUCAUUGAAGAUAUGUAAUUUAUAUGGCUUGCUUGGUGCUCACGAUUAUUUUGGGAACAUCAAAUGUUUGUAGGACAAAAAAAACAAGAAAUAAUUCUGGUUCCCAUAAUGUAUCUUUGCAAAUAAAGGAAUGCUCUGUAGGUUUUGUUUUUGAAACAAAUUGUUCAACUAUGCUACCUUUAGUUAUCAGUGAAAUCGAAGUAGUUUUACAACUUUCAUAGCACUAUGAACAUGUUUUAAUAACUAAAAGCAGAUGUAUUUAGCUGCCUUGGGUUGAAACUUAGAAUUCCCACAUGGUAAUGCUAUUUGGGGAGGUAAAAAUCAUGAUUCUGAAACAGCUUGAGUGCUUUAACAUGUGAUACUUUUUUGUAAAACUAUACUGUGUUUAAAAAUGUUAGACCUAUUUAAAUUUGAAGGAAAAACAGAUUGUAAAUAUCACUGCUGUUAUAGUAAAAGUUGGAGUUUCUUGGAGUCUGGACAAAAAUUUAAGAUUUUUCCUUUUUGUAUUUGUAUAAUAAACAGCAUUGUAUUUCUUUUGGAGUACCCUGCUUCAUGAAAAAUGGUUUUUAUUCUAAGGCAGAAUAAAAGUUUAAGAAAAUUGUG